AUGGCGCGCGCCGCCGUGCCCUCGCUUGCGCGCCGUGGCUAUGCCGAGGCGGUGAGCGACAAGCUGACGCUGCAGCUCAUCCUGCCGCAUGCGGCCCUCUACCAGGGCGAGGCGACGCAGGUCAACAUUGCGGCCGUGUCGGGCGACAUGGGUGUGCUUGCCGCCCACGUGCCGUCCGUGGAGCAGCUGGCGCCCGGCCUGCUCGAGGUCAUCGAGGCGAGCGGCACGAAGCGCUGGUUUG